CUGUCUUUCAGGUCGAUGGCCAAAAUUUCCGUCGAUGAUCAUGGGUAGGUUUGCGCCGUCACCAGAGCAGCUGCAUAGUGAAACUCCUCUAGAUCGCUCUGAUCCAGGAACAGUCUCCCUUCCACUGGCAUUUAGCUAAAUACACGGAAGGUACCUCAUCUUGCAGGCCCUUCGUAAGCCAGUCAGUGUGCCGUCGUCCACACGGUGUCCGCCAUAAUGGCUUCCUCGAUGCCUCUUACCGGCCACAGUCUGGGCAUCUUCAUCUGUGCGGCCGUGCUGAUGGGUGUUUGUACGGUUCUGGUGAUAUUGCGCAGCUUUGUUCGCAUUUUUCUGGUUCGCGCUUUUGGGUGGGACGAUGCCCUGAUGAUUGUUGCGCUGGUAUUGCUAAUAGCAAUGAAUACAUGCUGGAUGAUCGGAGCAGAGCACGGGGUUGGUCAUAGGAAUGUCGAAUUCACGGAUCUCAAGACGAUGGAGCAGGCGCGUCUGUUGUGGUGGCUCAGUCAAAUCUUCUACAUGUGGUCUUCCGCCUUUGCCAAAAUAUCGAUUGCUAUCGCUCUACUCCGAUUAGCCGUCAACAAAAUACAGCGCAUCAUCUUGUGGACCGUCAUCGGUCUGGUGAUUGCUAUCGGGCUGAUGAUCUGGCUGACCUUCGUACUCGACUGCCAGCCGGUCUCGUAUUUCUGGAUGGCCGUUGAUACAAACGUCCAUGGAAAUUGCGGGGACCCUGAUACCCUCCUAACAAUUGCCUACGUUUAUAGUUCGCUCACCAUCAUUUCGGAUGGAACCCUAGGGAUCAUGCCCGGGAUCCUGCUCUGGCAGCUGAAAAUGAAUCAAAGGACCAAGGCCGCACUAGCAGCAGUCCUGAGCUUGGGAGCGAUAGCCAGUGUAGCUGUGAUCAUCCGGCUCCCAUUCUUACACACCUAUAAGGACCCCGAUUUCCUCUAUUCUACUUUUCAAAUUAUCAUCUGGUCUAUGCUUGAGACCGGAAUCGGCAUCGCCGCAGGGAGCCUCGCCACCCUUCGCGCCCUGUUCCGCUGGGUCCUGGAAGAAGCCUCCGGCUAUGGCCGCAGUAGCAGUCGUGGGAAGCGUACCGAAGGACAACACCCCCUUGCGAGCCUGACCACAGAUCGCCCAAAGAAGGGAUCGCAACACAUAAGUUACUGGCGUCCGGAUCUCAGCAAGACGAAUGGGCUCAUGGUGACCACCGUUUCAUCCCCGAUGGCACCAAGCCAUAUGAGCUUUCCCAAUAGCAGCCAAGAGAACUUGAAUCCGAAUACGGAGCCAUGGGGCCCGCACCAUGUCAAUGUCCACAGGACAUUUGAAGUGUCAGAUGGGAGUGGAGGGAUGAUAUGAAAGUCCUUCUUUCACCGCUUAAUUUUCCUAUGUCAAUCGCUAUUGUUCGAUUUAUAAUCGCU